GGAGAGUAUUAAAAAUAAUGUACAGAGAAGGCUUAAAUAAUAAUGAAAACAAAUUUAAAGGAAACUCAAUGUGAAGGAUUCCUCCAUCAACGUUAAAGGAAUUUGAACUGAGAAAAUUUAAAUAAAUUGUCACCUCAAGAUGUGCAAGCUCCGCUAUCAUAUAACAGGACUUCAAAUAAGAACGCUUUGAGAAUGAAUAAUUCCAAGAAAAAAAUUAGCAAAAUUUCUGAUAUUUCUAAGCAAACUCCAGUUAAUCAUCGAUAUAUCGGACAGAACUACAAUGAUUUGGGCCAGAGCCAGCAGCUGUUUAGUAGGACAGUUCCAAAGAAUUCAGUUAUUAGCUCACACAAGAAGCCCAUUGGUAGGUUGAUCUUCCAGCCACAGAUGGAGUUAGAUACACAGAAAUGGGCAGAAUCAGGGUUCACCAACAUAAGUCAGGGAGCCAACCUGUCCUCGAUGAAAAACAUACACUCCAAUCGGACGAAGAUCAGAGACAUCUUGAGAAAAUCCUCCUGCUUGAAGCAGCAGAAGGAUAUCGAGCUUGAGUAUUAUGCCAAACUUUUUACUGGCCAUCACACUCAGAAGGUAAAGAAGGAGUUUUCAAUGCCAUUCUUGAAGAAGACCCAGAAGAUGAUAAGCAGGAAUGAGAAUGAGUUCAUGAAAGAUAGAGGUAAUAAAGUCCUUCCCAAAAACAGCAUCUUUGAUGAACUCAAAAUGCCAAAGAAAGUUAUUUCAAGGGAUAUUUAUGCCAGGAAAUCGAAAAAGAUUUUUGUCAGAAAGUCUCGGUCUAAGUCUGUUAGGGCUUCCCAGGUGCUCAAGUCCAUGAAAUAUCAGUCAACAUCUAAGCUUGUAAGCAGAUGAGUUGUCAAAAAUAUAGCUGUAGAGUCUUUGGCUGGAUUUUCAUUCAGGAAUCCGUAUAAAAUCAACCAAGAUUCUUAUGUAAUUUGCCAGGACUUGCUGGAAGAUCCUGAAUCUAUAGAUCCUACUAGCCUGAUCUAUGAGCAAGAGCAGACUCAUUUAUUCUGUGUCUGUGACGGACAUGGCGAUGAUGGCAAAUCAGUUUCUGAGUACAUAAAGUUCAAUUUUCCAAGUAAUAUUUGAAAGUAUUUUGAUCGAGGAAUCCUCAGUAUCCCAGAAAUUAUCGAAAAAGCAGUAACUCUUACUGACAAGCUAAUCAAGAAGACUAAAGUUGAUGAUUACCACAGUGGGUCUACUCUUACAGGAAUUUUGAUGAAGGGCAGAUCUUUCUUCCCAUUCAAUGUCGGAGAUUCCAGAAGUGUGCUUAUCAAAUUCAAGACUAUCACUGACAGGCUUAAUUAUGACCAAGAAGUGAUUAAAAAUCGUCCAAACGGUCUUCAACGAAAAGAACAUAAGCUAUACAGAGAAGGAUCUGGUGACAUUUGAGUUGAUGACAACUAUUCCCAAAACUCCGAUAAAAUCUCUGAAUCAUGCAUAAAACAUCCAGAGUGUAAAUUUGAAGUUCAAGCUUUGACAAACGAUCAUAAUUGUGAAGAAAAGAGAGAAGCUAGGCGUAUCUAUCAAAAUGGAGGCAGAAUCGAGCAAAAUAAGCCAGGCUCUGGACUUGAAGGAGUCGGCCCUUUAAGAGUCUGGUUUAAAAACGAAGAUAAGCCAGGACUUGCAAUGACAAGGUCUAUUGGCGACCAUCAGGCCAGAGAUAUUGGAGUCAUUGCUACUCCUGAAAUAGGUGACAAACACACGAUAUCUGGCCUGGACUAUGGUGUAUUGAUUGCCAGUGACGGGAUAUUUGAAGUUUUAAGUCAUUCCAAAAUUGCAGAGCUUCUUUGGAAAGGAAGAGAGUGUCUUGAUAAGGCUUGAAAACUAAUAUGAGCUCAAGCUAAGUUAGAAUGGAAGACUCACAUGGGCUCCAUUGAUGAUAUCACUUGUGUUAUUAUAGAAUUUGCUCAUUAAGCAGCAAAAGUGUCAUAGUAGAAGCUAAAUUCA